GGGGCCGGGGAGGCUGGAGCUGGGCGCCCCGCUCCCGGCCUUGGUGCGCCCCUCCCGGCCUCGCGGCCUCCCCCAGCCGGGCGCCGCACUUCUUCCCGGUGCCCGGGACGGGACGCGCCCGCAGGUGGCCAUGGCGCCGCGGCCCGGCUCCCGCCCAGCCGCCGCCGCCCUCCUGUGGCUGCUGACCACCUGCUGCACAGCCCCAGCCAGCGCCGUCCAGGUGACCGUGUCCGACCCCUACCACGUGGUCAUCCUCUUCCAGCCGGUGACGCUGCCCUGCAACUACCAGAUGGCCACGUCGCUCACGGCGCCCAUCGUGAUCUGGAAAUACAAAUCUUUCUGCCGGGACCGCAUUGCCGACGCCUUCUCCCCAGCCAGCGUGGACAACCAGCUCAACGCGCAGAUCGUGGCUGGGAAUCCCGGCUACAACCCCUACGUGGAGUGCCAGGACAGCGUGCGCACCGUGCGUGUGGUGGCCACCAAGCAGGGCAACGCGGUGACCCUGGGGGAUUACUACCAGGGCCGCAGGAUCACCAUCACCGGAAAUGCUGACCUCACCUUUGAGCAGACGGCCUGGGGGGACAGCGGGGUGUACUACUGCUCGGUGGUCUCGGCCCAGGACCUGGGUGGCAACAAUGAGGCCUACGCAGAGCUGAUUGUUCUUGGGAGGACCUCAGGGGUGGUGACUGCUCUACCUGGUUUUCAGGCGGGGCCCUUGGAAGAUUGGCUCUUUGUGGUCGUGGUAUGUCUGGCCGCCUUCCUCGUCUUCCUCCUCCUGGCCAUCUGUUGGUGUCAGUGCUGCCCGCAUACCUGCUGCUGCUACGUCAGGUGCCCCUGCUGCCCGGACAAGUGCUGCUGCCCCGAGGCCUUAUAUGCAGCCGGCAAAGCAGCCACGUCAGGCGUCCCCAGCAUCUACGCCCCCAGCAUCUAUACCCAUCUCUCCCCGGCCAAGACUCCACCCCCACCGCCCGCCCUGAUUCCCAUGGGCCCCGUCUACAAUGGCUACUCUGGAGACUUUGACAGGAACAGCUCAGUUGGCCAUGGCUCCCACGUUCCCUUGCUUCGAGACACAGACAGCAGCGUCAACUCUGAAGUCCGGAGUGGCUACAGGAUCCAGGCUAAUCAGCAAGAUGACUCCAUGCGUGUCCUGUACUACAUGGAGAAAGAGCUAGCCAACUUUGACCCCUCUCGACCUGGACCCCCCAAUGGCCGUGUAGAGCGAGCCUUGAGUGAAGUCACUUCCCUUCACGAAGAUGACUGGAGAGCCCGGCCUUCCAGGGUUCCUGCCCUCACCCCGAUCCGGGAUGAGGAGUGGGGUCGCCACUCCCCCCGGAGUCCCAGGAGAUGGGAGCAGGAUGCUCUUCCAGAGCGGGCCGGGCCGGGGGGCUGGGGGGCCGGCCGGCCUCGGGCUCGGUCAGUGGAUGCCUUGGAUGACUAUGGCAGACCAGGCUCUGCCGAAUCAGGGAGAAGGUCUCCCCCAAAUGGUGGGAGGAGAGGCCGGGCCUAUGCCCCCCCCAGGAGCCGCAGCCGUGAUGACCUCUACGACCCAGAUGACCCAAGGGACUUUCCACCCUCGAGGGACCCUCACUACGACAGUGCCAGGUCCAGAGACCGUCCUCAAACUGACCUCCGGUCCCGCCACCCCCGCUCCCAGGAGGAUGGCUCUAGGUCCGGUGAUCCCCAGUAUGAUGGACGGCUAGUAGAAGAGGCCUUGAGAAAAAAGGGGCCAGGGGAGAAAAGGAGGCCUCACAGGGAGGAGGAGGAAGAGGAAGGCUACUACCCUCCUGCUCCUCCUCCCUACUCUGAGACAGACUCCCAGGCUUCCAGGGAGCGCAGGCUUAAGAAGAACUUGGCCCUGAGUCGGGAAAGUCUAGUGGUCUGACUAAACUGCCAGUUCUGGGACUGAACUCAGAGCCCGGGUGCUGUUCUAGAGCCUUUUUUGCCUAGGCUGUGUUCUACCACUUGAGUCAGAGCUCCACUUCUGGCUUUUUGGUGGCU